AUGGACUUGGGCACUGUCGCAGCAGCGCUCGCUGGAGGAGCCACACUCACGGCCUACCUCAACGCCAAAUUCCACAUCAGUAAAGAUGUGUCAAGUUUAUUUUGGGUGAAAACGGGAGAGCGGGAAUAUUCUCGUGCGGUCGGCCGAGAUCGCGGGAAUGCGUGGUUUGUACUGCUGGAGACAGCCAAGCAAUACCCAGACAUGGUCUGUCUGUGGACACGAGAGAGGCCAUACACCUACCGCGAUGUCCAGGAGCAAGCCUGCCAGUACGCACACUUCUUUCUGGCGCAGGGCGUGAAGAAAGGUGAUCUAGUGGCCUUCUACCUCCAAAACCGCGCCGAGUUCAUCAUCGCAUGGAUGGCACUCUGGAGCAUUGGCUGCGCGCCUGCCGCUAUCAACUAUAACCUUACUGGUGACGCACUGAUUCAUUGCCUGAAGAUCAGUGGUGCGAAGCUCGUCAUGGUGGACGAGGAGCCAAGCUGUCACUCCCGGUUAGAAGAGUACCAGAAUGCCAUCACCGGCGACUUAGGUAUGCAAACCGUCACCCUAGAUGACACGCUGAGGGCGCAUCUCCGCUCAUUCCCAACUACUCUCCCCCCGAAGGAACUGGCGCUGCAUAUGAAGGGCGACUUCCCUGCCAUCCUGCUCUAUACCUCGGGAACAACGGGCAUGCCCAAGGGCUGUGCGUACACCAUGUCCCGGAUGUAUAGCACCCUCUUCGUCCGCCGUGGGUUGAUUGGUGAUAAGACUGGACCAGGCGGGGACCGGUGGUACAGCUGUAUGCCACUCUAUCACGGCACCGCAGCCAUCAGCAUGAUCGCCUGUAUGGUGAUGGGGGUGAGCAUCGCGAUAGGCCCGAAAUUCAGUGUACGCAACUUCUGGAAAGAUGUCCGCGAUUCUGAGUCAACCGUCUUCGUGUACGUCGGCGAGACUGCUCGCUACCUACUUGCGCCGCCGCCCUCGCCCCAAGAUCGUAACCACAAGGUCCGCUGUAUGUAUGGGAAUGGUCUUCGACCGGAUGUCUGGGAGCAGUUCCGGGAGAGAUUCGGGGUCCCCGAAGUGGGUGAGUUCUUCAACAGUACCGAGGGAAUAUUCGGUCUCUUCAAUUACAACCGCGGCCCUUUUACUGCCGGCAGCGUCGGUCACCACGGCCUGCUGAUGCGCGGCUUACUGCACAACGUCUUUGUCCCCGUCGCUAUUGACCCGGAGACUGGAGAUGUGCUGCGGGAUCCCAAGACAGGGUUUGCUACCCGCGCAUCCUAUGAGCAAGGAGGCGAGAUGCUCGUCAAUAUCCCGGGUGAAGAGGCCUUCCAAGGAUACUGGCGUAACAGCGAAGCCACAAACAAGAAGUUCCUGCGCGAUGUCUUCCGCAAGGGAGAUCUGUACUACCGGUCUGGUGAUGCUCUGCGCCGCCAAAGCGAUGGACGCUGGUAUUUCCUGGAUCGUCUGGGCGAUACGUUCCGGUGGAAGAGUGAGAAUGUCGCAACCGCAGAGGUGUCCGAGGUCCUGGGCCAGUUCCCUGGCAUUCUCGAAGCGAACGUAUACGGCGUGCGCGUCCCGAACCACGAAGGACGAGCGGGAUGUGCAGCAUUGCAGAUCAGCCCAGACGCACUCCAGACCUUCGAUUAUGCGGCCCUGGCGCGCUUUGCCCGUGCCAGACUCCCUCGCUAUGCCGUUCCGGUCUUCCUGCGUGUCGUCGAUAAUCCCACACAUAUCCACAACAACAAGCAGAACAAGGUGCCGCUGCGGGAUGAGGGCGUUGAUCCGGCACUCAUUGGGACGAAGGUGGCAGACGGAAAAAGUAACCACUUCCUCUGGUUUGCACCGGGUGGUGAGAGCUAUGUGCCCUUUGGAAAGGAGGAGUGGGAUCGGUUGUCGGGUGGAAAAGCGCACUUAUAG